UUAGUUGAUGAUUGAUGGUUGCUGGUGUUGUAUUUGAAUGCAUUUGUGUAAACUUAAUUUGUCUCCUAUAUUGGUUUUUUCUUUUUAAUUGCAAAUUAUUUCUUUCCCGGAUCAAAAUUCUAUCGAAUUUUACUCUGCUCUGUGCGUUUCUGCCUGUGUCAUCGCUUUUAUCUCAUGAACCCGUUAGUUCUUUUCUUCCUCUUUUGGAUUGCUUGCUGCGAGGAAACCAUUUGUUGAGCAUUCCUCGAUAUUAGUCCUGAUGAAUUGGGGAUGUUUUUUGGUCGGUUGGACGGAUGAUUACUCUUUCAUGUGAGCAGGAGAGAGACGGAAUAUAGGUGACAACGUCCUGGCAUGAUCAUUGGUACAUGAGGAUCGUAUUCGUUUUAGCAUCUGUUUAAGGGAAGAUGGGCGGUUGCUGUUGCUGUUGUUCAAGAGAAACCGAACUGAGGGAUCCACCAGCGUACUUCUAUCCAAGAGCAUCAGAGGAGCGUGUUCCUCUAUCAUCUAAUCAUGGUUCUGCGUCUGCUUUCUCCCGAGGGCUCCUUGUUGAUACUAACCUUGAAACUUCAAGUCCUGACACUUAUAGACCACCUCCUGCCCCUGCUCCUUACAGCAACGUUACUUUGGUUGUCACUCAAACUCCACCCGGGGUUCAUGAAAUUAGUGAUAAUAAGACUAAUACAUCCAUUCAAUCUACAGAUUCUAAUUCAGCUGAAGAAAUAGUUACUAGUGAUGGUCAUGGAAAUAUGACCAAGUUGGAAGAGCAGAAAGAACUAGAGGGUAAAGUUCAGAGUGAUUUAGAACUGGACCCAGCUAAGGAUUCAGAAAUUGAACUUCAAAAGCUAGAUGAACCUGUCAUUUUAGCUGAAGAGGAGGAUGUGUGUCCUAUCUGUUUAGAAGAGUACGAUGAUGAGAAUCCAAAACUCAACACAAAAUGUGAUCAUCAUUUUCACCUUGCUUGCAUUCUGGAAUGGAUGGAAAGAAGUGAAAACUGUCCCGUGUGUGAUAAGAAUCCUGGUGUUGAAUUUGAUUACAUGUGAAAGAGAACAGGUUGUCAUGGCAAUAACCUCGGUUUAAACUCAGUUUCACCCCUUUGGCCAAAAGUUACAUUCCUUUAGCCUAUGUGUCGUUCCUGGGCUUAAAACUCGGUUUUGUUCCUCUGUACAUUACGUGAACUGAUGUCAACACAAUUUGGACGAGUUACACCGAAAAUUUUCCUAGGAGAAAGUGAUCACAAAUUGGAGUGGUAAGUAUGAUUUUUUUCCCCCUUAUUGCGUGUCUUCCAGUCUUGUAUAUAUGCCGGAGACUUUUUGGGACCUGCACCGCACUUUGGUUUUUGGUUCUUUUAUUCUUAGUAUAUACCGUCUUUCCCUCCUAGUUUUGUAUGGUGAAAGUGGGUCUAUCCUGUCGCUUCUUCGUCUUGAUGGUUGGUGUCCUCGCGACAAGUACUCAUAAUUCAUGUCAUAUCGAUGGAUUCGCGAUCCUUCUUUGGAGAUAAUCACCAAGAAUUAAGAAGAGCUCACGCCUUUGGUAAGUAUAAACGGAACUUGGGAAAAGAUUGAAAAAAA